CUCGUCCCCCCCUCCCCGCCCCCGCGCCUCUUCCAGCACCUCGGCGAGUUCCAGCUCGCCGCCGUUGAGGGUGGCGACGGUCGCCAGGUCACGUGAUGAGCAUCCUACUGCCUAACAUGGCGGAGUUCGACACCAUCUCGGAACUGGAGGAGGAGGAGGAGGAAGAAGAAGCGGCCACGUCGUCGUCGUCGUCGUCGUCCUCCUCCUCCUCCACCUCUUCCUCCUCCUCCUCCGUGUCGGGGCCCGAGGAAGACGACGAGGAAGAGGAGGAGGAAGAGGAAGAAGAGGAGGAGGAGGAGGAGGAAGAGGAGGAGGAGGAGGAGGAGGAGACGCCGCCCCCGCCUCGGGUAGUGAGCGAGGAGCAUCUGCGGAGAUAUGCCCCGGACCCUGUCUUGGUGCGGGGCGCCGGCCACAUCACUGUGUUUGGCUUGAGCAACAAGUUUGAUACUGAAUUUCCCUCAGUUCUAACAGGGAAGGUGGCCCCAGAAGAAUUUAAGACCAGCAUUGGUCGUGUAAAUGCAUGUUUGAAAAAUGCUCUACCCGUCAAUGUGAAAUGGCUGCUGUGUGGUUGUCUGUGCUGCUGCUGCACACUUGGUUGCAGCCUGUGGCCUGUUAUUUGUCUCAACAAAAGAACCAGAAGAUCAAUUCAGAAGUUGCUGGAAUGGGAAAAUAACAGAUUAUAUCAUAAGCUUGCUUUGCACUGGAAGCUGACUAAAAGGAAAUGUGAAACUAGCAAUAUGAUGGAGUAUGUCAUACUAAUAGAAUUCUUACCAAAAUAUCCCAUAUUCCGACCUGACUGAGGAGUUUUAUUCAGUCACUUCUGUGUUACUUGUCAUUUCCUACCCUUAGUGCCUUGUAGAUGAUUUUGGAAUGAAGAUGGUCUCCUUUGCUGUGUUCAACUUUCUCUUUAUAAUGGUAGAAUAUUCUCUUCACUUUUUAUUUGAGUUGGUUUAAUAAGAAAUUUUGCACAUCGUUUUUGGUUUUGUUUUUGUUAAAUGAUGCUUGUGUUUUGCACUCUCAAUUUUUAAAUAAUUUCACAGAAACACAUAUGUAUAUAUAUAGAGAGAUGCUACUAAAGAUAAAACAUCAGUGCUGGUGUUUAAAAAACAAAAAUUUGUCCUGAGCAUGCUGCCUUAUAAUACUUUUCAUACUCACUGUUUCUAAAUAUGCAUCACUUUUCUAGGCAACUAAAUGCUCCCUAUCUCUUACUGAACACACAUAAAUAAGCUUUUGUUAGCUUUUAGAAGUGGUUCUACUCUUAGCUGCUUAUAAAGGACAUGCAAUUAAUAGCACUGGUUUUGUCCUGCACUUUGCUAAAAUAUCACUUAUGUUAGUGGAUAAAAUAUUUAAACUCUUAAAGUCUUGUAAAUAUUGUCUCUUUGCAUAAUGCAAAAUGUGAUGUGCCAUGGUUUACAUAAUGUAAUAUUAUUCUUACUGUAUUGCCAAAAUUCUGCAUAGAUUUUAAUAUGAAUGAAGUUUGCAAGCAUCCUUUUGAAUGUAUAAAUUGUUAACAUGCUGUUUUAUGGCAAAACCAUAAUAAGUAUGUUAAAAUUUUCAGGUGUUAAGCAUAGGGUUGCCCUUUGACAAGUGGAUUAAAAUUGAAAUUGUCUGAGAUAUUCUGCAUUGCAUCUAAAAUCUAAGAACCUUAUUUUUUUAUUUACUUCACUAGUUUCCCUUUUCCCUCCAUUUCUACUUGGAUAAGAUUUUGACAUCUUUCACAAUGCCACUAUUCUCACUUCCCUUUAUGUAUCACUCAUUUGAAAAUUUGCACAAUUGUGACCUUUCAAUCCUGGGGGGUAUGUAAACUUCCCUGUCCCCCUGAAAGCCACUGUUAAUCUUGUGGAUUUUCUAACAUUCUACUUCGGAAAACAAAGAGGUAAUUGAGAAAUUGUACCUAUACAAUAAGAGAGUAGCUGAUUUAUAUUUGCUUAAUGUUCUUUAUCCUCUCUCUCUUAGGAUUUUUUAAGACAUGGAUAAAAUAAGGAAAAACAAAUAGACAAAAGUAUUUUGCUUAUAAAUUCAACAUACAUGUAGAAUACAUUAGUAUUUGCAUAUUUCCCCAUUUCUGUUCAUAAUUAAGAUGAGUGAGAGCACAACACUCGUUCUUCUAGAUUUUGAACUUUCAACAUAAUAGAGACUUAUAUUAUUAAUUCAGCAGCAAAUUAUGCUUGAGGCAUUCUUUGCAAUUCAUACUGCUAAAUAUAGCAUUUAAAUAUUUAGUACAGAUUAGUUUUUAUUUCUCAACAUACUUAUUAAUUUUAGUUAACUUUUUAAAGUAAACUUCCAGCCCAGUGAAAAGAACAAUCAUUUCCUUGAACAAGAUCAGGUUUUGUAAAGCCUCUUUUAAAAUGUAUGGCUACUUAUAAAUUUACAAUCCCAGAUCAGCAAAAGAAGAUAAAAGAGAUACUAUUUUAUAUAUGACAGUACGUACUUGCACAAACACUUUUCCACAUCUUGUAGAACUACAUUACUCCCCUGCUACCCAACCACCCAAAAUCUUUAACAUUGAAAUGUUGUGUGUGCCUACAAAUAUCAUUUUGCUGCUCUGCUGCAAAAUUGAAGGUGUAUUUUUAUAGACAAGGUGAAACCUGAAAUACCAAAUGUCUUGUUUUAUAGCUAUGGUCAGGGAAAAAUUGUAUUUCUGAUAUAUGUUUCAGCUAAUUAUCAGGAUUUUAUGCUUUAAAUGGGCAGUUUAAUACCAAAAUCGGUUUCUAGCAUAAUACAAAAUUUCAAAUUGUCACUGAUGAAAAAUUAUUACUUUUAAAUGUCAACUGUGAAUUCUCUUUUUUGCUGUAAACUCAAAAUUUGACUAUCCAGUAACCUUUUUCUGCAAUGUGUGAAUCAUGCUUCAUUUUUCUCAAAAACAACAAAAAAUGUUAAAUUAUUUCCAUGAAACAUAUUUAGACAGGAAUAGAAUAUACCUGGAGGUGUCCGUAUAUUUCAAGCUAUAAUGACAUCUGUCAUUUAAAAAAACCACUUGCCAAUAUCUGCAGACUUUAUUUUUAAAACUAUUCUAAUUGCUCUUAGAUUUCUUGAUUCAUUACCCUGCUUGACUCCAUCUUGUUUCCUUGAACUACUCAGAAAAUAUCCACGUUCUUUCUCUUUUUCUUUUCCUUUCUCUUUUUUUUGUUAGCCUUUCUAAUAUUACUGCUUUUCAAACUGUUUUCCUUUGAACAGAGCUAAUUAGCAGCGGGCAUUCUGGAAUGCUCUUUGUAGUUUGUUUUCAAAGAAAUUGGCAGCAGUGAAUGUUGAAAUGUCACAGUACACUGUUCUCAUUAACUUCUCCCCAGUUGAUCAAAACUUUUUUCUUUUAUCCUCAAGAUAGAACAUACGUGGAGAUUUCUAUUUAGUUAAAAAGAAUAUUUGUGGAAGUUGGUUUUUAGGUUGAAGAAGAUAAUUUUUUAUUUCCCCAUUACAUAAUAUUCCUUUGUGAAGCAUGCUGUGUUAGUUUACACAGAAAAUAAUGUUAAGCCAAAGUAUAUAAAUCUCACAAAGCUUUGAGAUUACAAGUUGAAAACUGUUCUUUCUGUAACAUUUCCUUAUGUUUCUCCACUACCAUUGCUCCUUUAAACAACUAAGUCAUGGAUAAAAUGAGAUAAUUUCUAACCUUUUCCAUUUAUUUUUCCCCUUCUUUCUCUGUGUUAAUUUAGGAAAGAGACAAUUUAAUAAAACAUUAGAAGUAGGUGAAGAAGUGCCUUGUAUUUUGAAUCAAGAUUACAUUUUAUGUUGAAGGAAACAGAAAAGAUGAGUUAGUAGAUUAUUAGAUGCAGACCAUCCUUUUCAAAUUUUACUACUAUGCUGUAUUUUUUCAUUAUUUAAAACCUGUCUCUUUGUUUUCCUUCAAUCAUGUAAUAUUUUGAUGACAAAAUAUUACAGGAAAGAACUAUUACAGAAACAAAACUAGUAUAAUUCUAAUGCUAGUAAAUGUGUAAUUUGACAUAGUUUAAAACUAUAGUGGUCAUUUAUCAAACCUGCCCCAAACUCAUGUAAAUGUUUAAUACACAUACCCUUUGUAUUAUUAUGACCUAUGAAAAUAAUAUCUGAACAAUUAGUCUGUUAAUAUUUAACACAAUUUUAUUUUAAAUUAAGCAUUUUUGUUUUGUUUAAUAAUUUAAUUAAACUUGCAGGAUUUUUGUAAACCUUCAAACAAGGUUUUUAAAAUUUACAAAAGCUUUAAAAUCAUUAGCAUUUUGUUUACAAAUGAUUGAAAAAUCAUUACAAUUUUAUUUUGUCGACAAGUAAACCUCCACAUAAAAAAAUCAAACCUCCAUACUUCAACAAAACCCAAACAUUUUUUUUUCAUAAUUGACUGUAUUGGUCUAGGCAGGUGUAUAAAUUAUUCUUUUUUUUUUUUUGCUUUUUGGGUCAUACCCAGCGAUGCACAGGGGUUAUUCCUGGCUCAUGCACUCAGGAAUUACUCCUGGCAGUGCUCGGGAGACCAUAUGGGAUGCUGGGAAUCGAACCCGGGUCAGCCAGUUGCAAGGCAAACGCCCUACCCGCUGUGCUAUUGCUCCAGCCCCAAGUGUAUAAAUUAUUGUACCUGAUUAAGUACAGUAACUCAACAAGUUGGAAAUACUUUUUGUUAAUUUGCUUAUGGUGUGCUCAAAUUCAUAGAAAGUAGUUCCUCUUAUGCCUAUAAUGUUUUUUUUAAAAAAGAUCCUUUUUGCAACAGUUGUCAAAUUGUUCAAUUUCAUUUAUAUGGUGAAUUGUUGGGAAAUUUUUUAUAGAAAAGGAAUAGGUUUUAUUAAUAUUAUCUAUUCGUGUUAAUAUGUGGGUAUGUAAUAUGUACCCCAAAUUUCCCAUUCCUGAUUCUGAGCCAGCUUUUUAAUUUUAAUGACGGCAACCUGAGAGUGUGUUCCAUUUUCUGUGGACUUUUUCAUAUCUAUAAUAUAUGAGGAUAUGAUCUAAUACUGUAGGCUUCAGGCAAGAUACAUGUCAGUCCCUUCAUCUGUAAAAUUAUGGGGUUGAAUGUAAAGCUGGGAGAAAAGGUAGAGGUCACCUAACAUUCUGUGAUUCUCAGAAACCUUAAAAUCUUUUGUACUCUACAGAAUCUCAGAAUUAUUUUCCUUGAUGGAAACUCUCACAGUGCCUUGCACAGGGUUUAGGUUUGAUAUGCCAACUGGCACCUAGCUGGUGUUUGUAUCACACAGGAUCAGAAAAUUGAUUCUUACUAGAUCUCAGCCCAUUCAUAGUGAUAAAAAUGAAUGCAGUUUCCCUAGGAACUAAGGGCUGAGGCCUGCUUUGCCUGUGUAGAAUCUGCCUCUGCAGUUGGUAUCAGGAAAGAAUUAUAGCUGUAAAAGCAAAGGAUAGUAUGGGAGGAUCCAUUUUGACAUUGAGGUGAAAAUAAUAUCAUAUCCUAAUCAGCAUCAGCUUCAGCAUCUAACCAUAUUUCAUACCCUCAAAAAGGUCUGUUGGAUCAAACUGAAAUGGAAAUGAAAGGGGUAUGAAAUUUAAACACAAGCCGCUUCUAAUUUAAUUAUUAGUUCUGCUGCUUAAUUCCUCUGUACCUCAUGUCUUCAUUGUGGAAGUGGGGACAAUAAUCUGGACCUACCUCACAGGGGAAUUGAGGAUUUUUUUCAUAUAUUAAUGUGCAUUCAAAGUUGACUGAAAGAUACAAUGGAUAUCAUAAUUUUGUAAUUCCUAGAUAGAUUCCUUCAAAUCUAUAUAGUUAUGUUUUCUAUCUCAGAGUAAGAAAUUUCUCUUAAGAAUGAGUGGGUGUUUUUUCCUUUUUUCAGUAUAAAUUUUGUUAUUAAUCCCCUGUAUGUUAAGCAUGUAUAAUUGUGUUGUAUUAAUAUUUGCAUUAGGGAGGAAAAGCAGGUAGAUGUAAACUAGUGGUUCCUAACUUGGGGCAGAUCAUGAUAGCAGCGAGGAAAUCCAUGAACCUUUUUUCAGCAUUUCAAAAAGUAGCAGAAAUCAUACAUUUACCCACAAUUCUGCUUCCCAAGCCAAUUAAGAAUUUCUAUGUAUUUUGCUUAUAUACACUGUUAAUUCUGUUAAUAUCUUUAUUACACAUUGAUCAGAAACUGAUUGGUAGUUAUAUAUUUGAUUUAAAAAGAGAGGAAAGCCUAUUACUAUGUUUAGCUUCUUAAGUCAAAUACUUGAAAAUGUGGGAAGAAACUAAGAAGGAUCCUACUGAUGAAAAUGUUGGGAGUCACUUUUAUAAAAGAGCUAAGGCUUUAUCCACAGCUUGCUUACCUGUUUCCUAAAUAAUGAAAUACUGGAGAGAUUAUGCGUGUAUCUGUGUCUCUGUAUCUGUGUUUUAGCUGUAUUGGGCUAUAACUUAGGUUAGAAUUUGCCUUCAAUUUUCUUUUGUGUUUCAGAAUAUUAUAACUAAGCUAAUUAUUUGUGUGUAUAUGUAAAUUCAUAUGUACACAUAGAGAAUUGAAAAUGUAGAAAGUGGUAUGUCAUGUUCUAACAUUGAAAUAAAUAUCAAUUUCUGAGUCUCAACGUAGUUCUGUGUGUAAACUCACCAUAAUGAAUCAAGCAAUAAUUUUGCAGAUGUUCAUUUCAUUUUAUUUUUUGCUGUACUGGGAAUUGAGCACGGGUCUCAUAAGUGCAAGGCAGGCCCUUUACCACUGAGCCACAUCCUUUGCCCUAGGAGGUUUUUUAUUCUUGCUUUUCGUAUUUGCUUUUAUCUUGACUUGGUUUCUUCACAUUCCACUUCCUGGUAAGCAAAUCACUUUUUGUUGCCUGGAUAUUAAAACAAGUUAAGAAAGUUCAAAAUUAUAUCAUCUACAAGCUAGUUUGCCAUACUAGAACUAAUCAUGUACAACUUUGAGUUUUGGCUACAGAAAUAGGAAAUUUGUGGAUCUAAAAAGUGAUCCUUGAUUAAAACAUCACAAUGAAAAGUUAAGAAUUACUACUUUCUGGCAGAAAAUUCCUGUUGGGAUAGUUUUACCAGAAAAGAAAAGUUUGUCCAUUCAAAACAAGAACUUUCAAGCAUCUUGUAUUCUUACAUAGCCUGUGGAAUGAAUUUAUUUUUCUCCCUUGAGCUGGAGAGUGACUCCCUUGGAAGAACUUAAUCUAUAUGCAGCUGUGCCAACACGAAGGAUACCUGCCUCUGUGAAACUUUCUCUGUUGCUUCUGUCAUUGUUCACUUGUCAGAACUAAAAUUUUCUCAUCUCAGGAUGCAAAACUCAAUAAAGUGCAAAUCUAUGUUAA